AUAAUGGUUGCUCUCUUGUAACAAAAAAAGUGACUGACAUCAGUAGAGAUACGACGAACCUGUUAAAAUCACUUUGAGAAUACUAUCAUUCUGAAGUUACUUUUUGCUGCAUUUUUUAAAGUUUGAUUACCCACAUUUGAACCGUCAGGUGAAAAAAGCCAUGUCACAAAGAGAUGGACCCAUGGCUGACUGGUUAAACACAUGGGAACGUAACACGAAUGCAGGGGACAAUCCAGGAGGUGGAAGAAUCACCUUAAAUAAUGAUAAAGAAUUAAGUGAUUUACUUGACUUUAGUGCGAUGUUCACUCCUCCAGCUAAUAACACUGGAAUAUCUAGAGUUAACCCUAGUUCGCCUUCUACUCAACAAAACACAACUGGUCCUGUUACAGCUGUGUCAAGGCCAGGUUUAGAUGAACCUUGGACAACAUAUGAUUCAAGGCCAUUCGAUGGUAGUGCUGCAGGACCAUUAUUCGGACAAGAUGACACAGAACUUAUUGCAAACUCACGGAAAGCUCUUUCUACUUCAACGUCUUACAGUCCUUCUUCGACUAAAAAAGAUCCAUUUUCGUCAAUGCUGUUUUCCAAUAGUGGGCAGCCUUUAGGUCCAUACCCUGGUGGUGGUAGUAAUAGUGACAGCAGUAACAAUCCCGAAGCUGGUAUGAGCAGUCCAGAAUGGAGGCGGUACAAACAAACAAGCAAGAAUCAACCUCCUCCACAUAUUCGUUCUGUUUAUUCUCCAACGUCUGAAGACAUGAUACCAGGCGAACCUCCUUUGCAAUACCCAUCACCGAAAGGUGGCAUAUAUUCCAGUGAUUACUAUAUGGAACACGGAUCUCCAGAUCCUUGGGGAAAUCAUAUGACUAGUUCCAGACCUCCAGCUCCCACAAUAACUGGUUCAUAUUCCACUAUUCCUCCAGACCUAGGCUACCCACCAAUGGAUGGUCAUGACUCACGCCUCCCUCCUUCUUUACCUCCUAUGUCUUCUUUUCGUCAGCCUGGUAGUACACAGCCAGCCGAUUCUUCAGCGCAGUACAUGCAGCCAUCUCCGACAUUACACGCAGCACCUUCACGUGCAACGGAUUCAAACAAUCCUGGUAGUGGCACACAAACUGCUGAUGCGCUUGGAAAGGCUCUGGCUUCGAUGUAUUCCACUGAUACGCCAGUGAGCUACUCCUCAAAUCCGUCAACACCUGUCGCUUCUCCGCCUCCUCUCAUCAGCGAUCGUUCUGGCACUGCUGCAUCUUUACAUUCAAAUAUCGCAUGGGCUAACCCUCCUCCACAAACUAAUCACUCUCCUCCGUAUGAUAAUAUGCAGCAACUGAAUCGCAUGCAAGAAAGUUUAGAUGACGCUAUUUGGGUUUUAAAAAGUCAUGCUGAGAGUUCGGCAAGAAACCAAGGAGGUUACCAUGGAGCGCUUCAUUACCCACAAGCUCUCACAGAUCAACUUCAGAAUGCAUCCAUUGAAAACAGUGCAGUUCUUGAGCAUGCUGGACAUCUUUUGCAGAAUUUAAACAUACCUCGCCCUGAAUCCGGAAUGCUAGCUGCCGAGAAAAAAACAAAAACGAAAUCCGAAAAGGCUAAAAAGCGACCUAAGAUCGAACGCGAAAGCGAUCUUUUGGGAGAGGAUGACGAAGAAGAAAUCGACGAGAAAACGGGCGAACCAAAAGUCGUACGUGAAUCCGAAAGAAGACAUGCAAACAACGCGAGAGAAAGAAUCCGAGUUCGGGAUAUAAAUGAAGCAUUUAAGGAACUUGGUCGAAUGUGUUCUUUACACCUAAAGAAUGAAAACCCGCAGACAAAACUUACCAUUCUUCACCAAGCAGUCACAAUCAUCACAAGUUUAGAAUCCCAAGUUCGAGAUCGCAAUUUAAAUCCAAAAGCCGCCUGUUUAAAGAGGCGGGGUGAUGACGAGAAGAUGCACGAAGACGACAAACGUAUGAAUUUGGGCGGUCUUGUAGAGGGCGGAAAACGAGGGGGUAGACGCCCGCAACAAGUUAGACGGUCAGGUUUCCCUCCAGAUCCGCUUGAUGGCUCAAGUGGUUUGAUGCAAGACUCUGGGAUUUUCAGUCAUUAAAAUACACAGUCGCAAACAUAGAGGGAAAAUACGGGGCGUAACUCGCAACCAGUCAGUAUUGAUUUUUUGUUAAUAUGGAAUUGCCAAGGCUGUGUAAAAUAGCUAUUAUAUUUGGAAGAUAUAUUUACUGAUUAAUCGAGACCGUUACGAUUCAUCACCUGGUGAUGUCAAUACACGCGUGACGGAGAUAAUGAGAACCUAGAAGGAGAUGCGUUAUAUGCACUUUUUCGUAGAUGACAAAAUGACAAUUUUAUGUAGAUAAAGACGAAGGUGAAGUUUUGAGACAGGGCAGUGAUAUUUAUUUUCAGAGGUGUAUAUUUUAUAUAUAAAUUAUAUUUAAUAUUAGUUACGAUUUACAACCUUACAAAAAACUUCACUCUCCGUCGCAGAGUAUACAUAGUUUAAUAAUGUGACGAUAGUAUUUACGUUGUAUAUAUAUGGUAUUAUUUAGCGGUGAAUGCCGUUUGUGCGUUCUUUUCAAAGAUAACUUAAAAAAUA